GGAAACAAGAACGAGUGGUCUUCGUUCUUUGCGUCGCGGCUAAGAUGUCUACACAUAAGAAGAAGACAAGGAAGCUUCGUGGUCAUGUGAGCCACGGCCACGGACGCAUAGGUAAACACAGGAAACAUCCUGGUGGUCGCGGUAAUGCUGGUGGCUUACAUCAUCACCGUAUCAACUUUGACAAGUACCAUCCUGGUUACUUUGGAAAGCUUGGUAUGAGGAAUUACCAUUUAAGACGUAACACUAAAUGGUGUCCCACCUUAAAUUUGGAUAAACUAUGGACAUUAGUUUCUGAACAGACUAGGCUUAAAUACAAGAAUUCAGAAACGAAAAAGGUUCCUGUGAUCGAUCUUGUUAAAGCCGGAUACUACAAGCUCCUGGGAAAAGGACGACUUCCCAAACAACCAGUCAUCGUUAAGGCUAAAUUUUUCAGUAAACUGGCCGAGGACAAAGUCAAAGCUGUUGGUGGAGUUUGUGUCCUCUCUGCUUGAAAGUUCAGGAGACAGACCCUUGACAAAUGAACCUGCUGUACAUUUCAACAUGUUUAUAUUAAUAAAACUUAAACAACAAAAAAAGGAAAAACCA